UUUAAAAUACACGUAGCAAAAACUGAUAGAACUGAAAAGGGAGAUGAACAAAAACAAAGUUAUAAUUGAAGAUUUCAGUGUUUCUUUCUUGGUGGUGGAUGGAACAGAUAGAAAACCAGAGAGAAUAUGGAAAAUUUCAACAACAUUGUCAACCAACUUGACCUAAUUAACAUUUAUAAAACAGUCCAACCAACAAAAGCAAAAUAGUCUUUUGAGUUAACAUGCAACAGUAACCAAGAUAGACUAUAUUCUAAGCCAUGAAAUAAGUCUGAUUAAAUUUAUAUUCUUUGACCACAACAGAUUCAAAUUAGAAAACAGUAACAGUAUUUGGAAAUUAAAAACACAAUUUUACAUUAAUAUUGCCAAGUGGAUGAAAAUGACAUCAAAGUCUUGACUGCAGAUUAGAGAUUAUUUUUAUUUAUCCUUAUAAAUAAGUGUUUUUCUGAAGCUCUGCAUGAAAAGUUUAUAGAUUUAUGUUGAGACCAGUUUAAAAUUCUGUUGUUUAAAUAGAUUAAGCAGAAUGUUAUAGAAAAAAAGUAUUAUUCCUUUUGUAUAUUAAAAAUUACCAUAGGCUUUUCAGAGAGAGAGAGAGAUUUCAAAAACAUUGGAGUUGCUGCCACAAUAAAAACUAUUCAGCUAUAAAGAGAUCAUACCCUGCCAGAGGCCAGAGCAACUCAAUUUAUCCUAAAAAGAACCACAAGAGAUUAAAGUGUCUAAUUUGUAAUUCAUAUCUUCUAUCUGUAAUAUUUUACUCUAUCUGCGAACCCCCAGGAAGAAUAUGACUGAUUUAGGCAUUUAUUAAGUGUAAACUAAUAUGCAUCAGUUAUUUACCAUGGUUUCGGCAGCAUAGUAGAUUUUUACAUAUAAUCUUUUUAUCUGCUAAUCCGCAAAAGCGUUCUAUAAAUUAAGAGUUUAGAGAUGAAAAAACUGAGGCAGAAAGAGAUUAAGUAACUUGCGCAAAGUCACACAACCAGUAAAUGGGUCUUUAUGACGUCAGUACCCAAAUUCCAUGAUAAAAUACAAAAGAUUUCCUUCUUUUCCUCAAUUUCAUUAAACAUUUAGUUUUUCUAGCAGCCAGUGGGAAAGAAUAGAACCCUUUGGUCACUGAAUUACUUUGCAAAGGUACUGGUUCCGUAGGUGGUGUGAAAACAUGAACGAGGUAUCUAUCUAGGCAUUUGUCAUCCUGACUGACAUAAACAUCCCCAGUAGAGGAAUGCUAUGUGCAGAUGUCAAAUAACCGGUAACUCUAAUGGAAUUAUGAGGUAGUUUUUGAUCAUGUGAAAAGUUUAAAACUUUUCAAAGGAGAUAAUGCUUUACAGAAUAAUGUCCAGUACAAACCAUGCAUUACUUAUACGUUUUUAGUCAUGAGCACAUGAGAUAGUCUACCUUUGAACAGAGUUAUCACUCAGGUCAAUUAGGUAUGAAGUUUUCUUUCCAGCUCCCACUCCUUGACAUCAGCUUAAAGUCUGUAUACCUUAUUAGCUCAGAUAAGAGAUUUCUGUAGUUUGACUCUCAUGGAUCUAUAAGUUCAAAUUCUACAACAUCCAAGGUGUUAGAAACCUUUUGAUGAAUGCAAAUGAACUUUAUAAGAAAAGACUCCUCCAUGGAGCAUGUUGACUCAGUUUAUUUCAAUUUAUUAAUACCAGACUAAGUGACACCAACAUAGAGCUGACUUGUGGAUAAUGAGACCAUACAUGUUUAUGUUUUGUAUUUGUGGUAGAGCACAUUGAUUCACUCCAAGUGAACACAUGUUUUGUAAGCUCCGACUAUAGUUACAUAGACAGUAAACAAAAGUCGAGUGUUUAUUCUACACUCGAGUUUUUAAUGUUGGAAGGUUAUAAAUAAAUAGUCAUGUAUUAGAACAAAAAAGGUGCCUUAAAGAUAGAUUGGGGUCUUAUUCAGGAGGACUUAGAAUAUGGAACUGGGUAUUUGGAAUUCAAGAGGCAUUAUUGAUGUAAAAAUAGACACAUUGAUUGACCAUAGUUACCGGUACCCUCGAGAAUGUAUAGACUGACCAACUGCCCCCAGUCUCUUCUCACACAUUAUUUCAUCAUUUGUAAUGGUUUCAUAGCAUUUCAUUAUAUAAAUUUACUAACAUUUAUUUAACCAUUCCCCUAUUGUUGGACUUACAGGUUGUAUCUAAUAUCCUGCAAUUGCAGUAAGUUUUAAUGACCUUUUGCUCCGUUUUUUCUUUUUCACAAUACUUCCAUAAACUAGAAUCUUAGAUAUUAAACUGCUUGGUUAAGAUAUAAAAUAAUUUAAGAUCACUGGUACAUAUUUUAAGAUUGAUUUGCUCAGGCAUUUGUGCAAGUUUACAGUUCCCUUUGAGGUUUUAAAUUUAGUAGUCUGGGUUUAAUUUUGCUCCUGAGUGCCAUGUAGGUACUACUAAGCCUCUGAUAAAUAUCACUCUGUGAAAGACUUCCCCUUUAAAAAUAAUCUUACUCUCAAUAAAAAAACUUUAAUACGCUUGACUAAAUUAUUUAGAAAGCGUUUUGUGUUGAGUGAAACUUCGUAUGUAAUAAAUAAUGAGAGUAAUAGAUCUUAUCAGAUGACUAGUCUGUAAUUGUAUCAAGAAAAGCAUACAACGAAACUAGUUCUUUUGGUUACUUCCUCAAACAGCCAACACAAUGGGGAAAGUGGAGGAAAUGUCCUAUGAACACUCUGAAUAGGGAACCAAAAGCCUAAGGUGUAAACUUGGAGAAAUGACAGCUUUAAAAAAACAAACCAACUAAAGAAAACACUUUCCAGGACAACUUGAGAUGCAUAAAAGGCAGACAUUCACUAGAGUUGGAGCUUUACUAAGUCUGCACAGAGUUAAGUGGCAUAUUUGGCCUUUACUAUGAUUAGCAAGUACUUCUUUGAAGUUGUGUUGGUGCUGCUGGCCUCUUCCACUGUCUUCUCCCUAGAACUGAAACUGGUUCUUUUCCAACAAAGAAGAGUGAACAGAGAAAAUUUAAAACUCUUGAAUAAAUUGCAAACCUCGUCAAUUCAUCAGUGUCUACCACACAGGAAAAACUUUCUGCUUCCCCAGAAGUCUCUGAAUCCUCACCUGUACCAGAAAGGAUGUGCACUGGCCUUUCUUCAUGAGACGCUUCAGCAGAUCUUCAGCCUAUUCGGGGCAAAUAUUUUUCUGGAUGGUUGGGAGGAAAGCCACAUGGAGAAGUUCCUCAUUGAACUUCAUCAACAACUGGAAUACCUAGAAACGCUCAUGAGACAGCAAACAGAACAGAAAAGUGGCACCUUAGGUAGUGAGAACCUUAGGUUACAGGUUAAAAUGUACUUCCAAAGGAUCCGUGAUUACCUGGAAAACCAGGAAUACAGCCGCUGUGCCUGGACCAUUGUCCAAGUAGAAAUCAACCGGUGUCUUUUCUUUGUGUUCCAACUUACAGGAAAGCUGAGCAAACAAGAAAUGGACCCUUGAACCAUGUGGAGCAAGAGGCAACCACAGACUUUAAAAGCAUAGGGCAGAAGGAUGCUCCUGGGGGACACGUCCAACACUUAAAGGUAAGUGUAAGGUGAGGAGUGGAUUGGUUUCACUGGGUAUAAAACAUGGGAAAUUCUGGAUCCCAAGAGAGGAUCUUUAUAUACAGAUGCUUAAAGUUAUGCUUAGAGCUAGAGGCUGUAAAGUAAAAGGAGAGCAAUUAACAGAAUUUUUACAUUUUGUGCAAGAAACUUGUCCUUGGUUUCCACAGGAGGGAACUGUGAAUAGUCAGACUUUGGAAAAAAUAGGAAAGCAAUUACGGGGAUGUUUCCUUGGAAGGGCCUGAUAAGAUCCCUAUUUUCACAUUUUUUCUAUGGUCUCUAAUAAGAGAUUGUCUUGAUACCACCCAAGAGGGUUAGAGACUCCCGGGAGGAGGUGGUGAAGAGCUGGUUGCUGCACUGCGAAGGACUUUGGAGGGAUAUGAGGACCUUCUUACUCCUUCACCACCUUCUGCUCCUCCACCACCAUUGCCUCCUGAGUAUGAGCAAGAAAUAGAGAGGGAGGCUCACAGAGAUCAGCAGGCUAGAAGAGGAAAGGAUAGUCAGGAAUGGACUAUAACCAGCUGAGUCAACACCCCCAGGGAAGCUACAAAUACUGAUGAUGGGAAAAUAUGAGUAUGUGCAUGACCUCUGAUGUAUAUUUGUGUUAUAUGUAAUAUGGUGGUUCAGUUAAGAAUUCUAAUUAUGAUAGAAAGGAAAAUGUAUAUUUUUGGUAACAGAGGGUAUGAAGUAUAUAGAUUUAUUCUGAAGGAAAUUAAAGGAA